CGGAGCUUUGUCCGUCGCUGCAGCGCUCGCGACACGGACAGGAGGUUGCGGCCGGAUCCUGGUCAAAGCUUCGUGUGAUACGCAUGCGCACGCGAGCUCCAAUCUGGACAGAAUACGAUAGCCCAUCGUUUCCAGGGAAUGCAGCUGCGGAUGAAAACGCACACACAUUCACAGCCUGAGGAUUGUAAUGCCGAGUACAGUGAAGAGAUAAAAGACGUGGAUGCGCGAGGAUCGAUGAAACUCGUUUAAGAACACCUGGUUGCCAUGGCCACCGCCCUGUGCAACAACACGUCGACAACAUGGCUGACCGAGUGUUCCCGCGAUCAUGAACACGUCAAGUUCAGCGUCUACAAAUACGUGUAUCUGCUGGUGUUUCCUGUCGCCUUCCUCUUCAACGCUGUGGUGCUGGUGGUGUUUUACCUGCAGAGCCGCCACAGAAGCUCCAACUUCUCGGUGGUGGUGAUGAACCUCGCCCUAUCAGACUGCAGCUUCUCGCUCACGCUGCCUCUGCGUUUGACGUAUUACUUCCGGGGUGCAGUGUGGAGUUUUCCUGACUGGCUGUGCCGAGUGUGUCAGUACUUCUUCUACGUCAACCUGUACACCAGCAUCCUGUUCCUCACUCUGCUGACCGUGCUCCGUUGGCUCGCCGUGGCCAAGCCCCACUAUCACCGCUCACAAGCCACGCCCACUCGGACCUUAUUGGUUUGCCUUGGGAUCUGGCUGUUUGUGGGCGGGUCCUCUGCUCCCUUCCUGUACAGUGGCGUGACAAUCAGAGAAAACCUGCCUCGCUGUUUUGAGCCGUCUUGUAUGUCCAGCGUGCGACGCGUCCUGAUCUUGAACUACAUGGGGACGACAGUGGGCUUCCUGCUGCCGUUCUUUAUCAUCAUCAUUUGUUACUGCAGCAUCAUACGACGCCUGAUGGACCUAUCCGGCCUCCGCAGAACCCCCAACAUCUGCCAACGCAACAGACGCCACUCUGUGCACAUGAUUACCAUCGUGACAGCGACUUUCCUGGUCUGCUUCCUGCCCUAUCACGUGAUCCGAGCGGUGCACCUGCACGCCACUUACAACCAGUGGAACUGUGGCGUCAGAGUUUGGCUGCAGCUGACGGUGGUGGUGACGCUGUGUCUGGCGGCAUCGAACAGCAUCGUCAACCCGCUGCUGUACUACUACUCCACCAGGAUGUUCAGAAACAACGUGAUGUUUGCGCGUUUCUCGAUUUUGUCCAGCAGGAGGUUGGCGAUGAGAUCCAGGAAAACAGACACAGAGGAAGUUCAUCAGCCGCCUCUGUAGCGGGGCCUUCGUUAGCACCGAGGAUCCUGAAUGUACUCAUGACUUUUCAUGAUUUUUAAUUGUGUUUAUGUUAUUUGAAAUGCCAACUUCACGCUCUUAUACAAGCUAAUAUCUUCUAAAGAGAUGUUUUCCCAAUAUUUUUGUUGGUUUUUAUCAGUUGCUAUAAGCUCAAAUGACUCAGGACCCAUUUGUAGUGCUUUCAGACAGACACGGUUCUGGUUCUGGCUCUGUUCUCGAGUCUCAGAACCAGCCCAGUUCAAGACCAAAGUAAGAGGAUGUUACUCAGCAUUUAUCGGGCCGAACACCCGCACUUUUUCCUCUGUACUUCCUCUAUACUUCCUCUACUUCCCCCUCACGUCCUCACAGCCCAGUAUAUGACACGCCCAUUGAUGAUGUCAUGGUUCACAAGGGAGAACCAUUUUUUGGUACCAGCUGAAAACCAACUUCUCAGGUUUGGGAACCGGACCCGGCACAGAGCGGUGUCAAAUGGCUGUCAGAGUGUCGCUAUUGCUAACGAUGGCUAAUUUGCGUCCAUAUUUCUUCCAUCUUCUCAAAUGGGACGCCUCUCCCCAUACAUUGCACGCCAUCAAGCGAUGAUCGCAGGAGCUACUACACAGUUGUGGGGCGGGGCAUAAGGUGAACAGUUGUGCAUCGCAGAUUCAGUUGACGGACAGCGUUAGCGAGAAGUUCUCCACAGCCGAGAGUAGCCUGUUUCCGGGGUUAAGCUUCGUCAUCGCGCUAAACGCGAAUCAAUGUGGCGACGAGACCCUCCCUCUUCGCUCACUUUACGUUACACGCAAAUAUGCGGAAGCUACUAGCAGGGUAUUUAUCAUGAUUUUUAAUUUGGUUGAAAAUGUGUGUUUUUAUAGUGUGUUCAUGUUAAAUUUUAUGGGUUUUUUUGUCAAGUCGAAAUGAAAUAUCUUGGUUUAAAUGUCCUGUUUGUUUCCUGUUGUUUUUCUUGUCGUUGUCGUCGUGGGUGGCAAAAGACAGAUUAUAAACUGAAGCACUUCCUGUUUAUAUUAAUCAGCUUUCAUAACAAUAUUUAUUUAUUGAGUCACAUUCGGGUCUCUGUAAUAUGUACAUUUGAUUUCUUUGAUAUAUUAAGUUAAAAAAAAGUGAUAUAAAACCUGAGACGAGACCUAAGUCCCCAUUUAUAAAGUUACUAUUCUUCAUUCAUAACAAUAAAAACAGUUUAUAGUAGUUACUGAAUGAAGUUUAUAAACUUUAUAAUGUUUUAAUUCAAUAAUGUUGUCUGUAUAAAGUGGUAUUAACUUUAGCAAGUUUGCUUUGUCAGAGGGAGGUCAAAGGUCAGAGGUCAGACAUGAGUGUUACCAUGGCAACCGGGAGGGAGGCGUUUAGUGACUGGUUAAUUUCUUUUUUUUCUGGACAGAGAAGACUGUUUUGCUUUCUGCCUUUGUCCGAGUUUCCUGUGCUCCAGGUGCUUCCUGACCACACCCCCUUUUGUUUCAUGGACAGACAUACACACACACACACACAAUAUUUGAGCAAACACAGAGCCUGAGG